CCUACAUUUCUUAAUCCUACCUAUAUUACUUAUGACAUUUAGGUGAUUUACAAAUUCCUAAGUGUAGCUGAUAGUUUGUAGCCUAUAGUUAGCAGCAAGAGAAGAAUGGCUAGUCAGGAGGAACUUGUUACCAGUACUCUGAAUGUAGGAGGUAAAAUGUUCACAAGAUUUUCUAUCCUCAAGCAAUUUCCUGCUUCUAAGGCUGUCCAACGAGUUUUAGAUGGUGGAGAUGAAGAAUUCAAGAUGGUAGGACCUUUUUCUGUGGACAGAGAUGUUUUUUUAUUUUGUUUCAUAUUAGAUUUUUUGAGAACUCACCAACUUUUAUUACCCAUGGACUUUUCAGACUAUUGUAGGCUUCAGAGAGAGGCUCUUUUCUAUGAACUUGAAUUUCUGGUUGACCUGUUAAACCAAGAACCCCUGCUACAGCCAAGACCUGCUCUCAUGGAGGUGCAAUUCCUAAGUCAAAGUACUCACUUUUUCAGGAUAUUUUGUUCUUGCAGUAAAGCAAUUUAGAUGCCAACUGGAAGAAUUACACUAUUUGUAGAGCAACCAGCCUGGACCAGUGACUCCUUCCCUAAGAUGACCUUUCUUCCACUUCCUCUACAAAGACCUUCUUACCAUGACCUGGUUUUCCAGUGUGGCUCAGACAGCACUACUGAUAACGAAACUGGAAUAAGAUAUUGAGCAUUUUAGAGCAUAAAACCAGAAGCUCGGUAAACUGGCAAUGGAACUAAUGUUCUUGGCUUACUGAUUGACACUUGGCUAAUGGAAGGUUUUCAUCUGGUCAACAUGAGGACAGUAUUCUCUGAAGACAAAAUUGAAUGCUAUAGCUUUGAAAGGAGAAAAAGACCUGAAGCUCUUACCAUGAACAAAAUGGUGAAACCAGAGACUGCCAUCAUGCCAGAGCAAUCUAACAAGAACAAAUGA